GUUCCCCACGCCCCAAUUUGAGUGCUUCAAGUUACCAUAAUACCCCUACUCUCUAUAUCUGCCGAGUCCUACUUCCCCUGUAACUGACGAAUAUCUAUCCGAAGCCAAUUUGGUCAAUUUGAAAGAAUCCUGAUUCUGUUACCAACCGCAGACGAUAGGCAUUGCAUAGACCUAGUCUUUAGUAUCAUGAUAAGAUCAUGAAUCUUCUUCGUUUACUCUCAACCCACAAGUCUCCCCUCUCUCCGGAAUCUUGAAUCUCAUUCGCCGGAGACCUGACCGGAAAUGGGCUUUCUUCAAGACUCAUAAUAAUUACAAGGAAAUGGGUGAAGUGAAGAAGAGCACGACGCGUGAUCAAUCAUCCGCGGAAGAGACAAAACUACACCAAGCAAUUGUACUGAUUUCUUCGUUAAUUUCUCUCUCUAAUUCUAUCAAAGUCUUCCCCACCAAAUGGCAGUCCAUUGGAAACAAGCUUGAAGCGCUUUUAUCCAAUCUCACCGCCAUUGAAAAUUGUCAAUCUACCGACAAUUUUUCGCUCUCGAUUACUUUGGAAACGAUUGUAGCCACUCUCAAGAGCUGCGGUGAGCUUGGGAAGCAAUGUUCGGAGCUUUCGUACAGCGGGAAGCUUCUCAUGCAAAGUGAUCUUGAUAUUGUAUCAGCAAAGAUAGAUGCUCAUAUAAAGAGUAUUUCCGAUAUCUAUGCUAUGGGAUUGCUUACACAAAACAACGCUAUAGUGGUAUCAAGGCCUUGUGUUUCGGCUUCAAGCGAUGAUAUAAAGUUUUAUAUUGUUGAUUUAUUGUCAAGGUUCAAGAUUGGAAGUACUGAUAUGAAGAAACAAGCCCUUGUUGCUUUUAAUGAAGUCAUUCAAGAAGAUGACAGAUAUUUGAAGGUUGCUCUGGAGCUUGAUAGUUUUGUAACUUUUCUUGUGAAUUUUCUUGAUUUGAAAGAUGGUGAAAUUCAAGAAGAGGCUGCCAAAGCUGCGUCUUUGAUUGCAGGGUUUGAGUCUUACAAAAGUGUGCUGAUCGGCGCGGGGAUAAUUGCUCCUUUGAUUAGAGUUCUGGAGUCUGGGAGUGACCAGAGUAAAAAGUUCGCGGCAAGGUGUUUGGUGAAGGCGACCGAGAAUUCAGAUAAUGUAUGGUCAGUUUCGAACAUGAUGGUGAAUUGGUUGGUUUGGCUUGUGGGGUGUUGAAAAAUCUUGUUGGAGUGGAAGAGAUUAGGAGGUUUGUGGUUGAGGAAGGCGCAAUUCUUGAGUUUGUUAAUCUUCUGAGGUCUAAAAAUGAAGUGAUAAAAAUAUGUUCAGUUGAUUUAUUGCAAGCUAUGGCUUAUGGGGAUGAAUCAAUUAGGGAUAUGAUCAUUCAAGGAGGAGGUAUUCGUGCAAUUGUGCGUGCAUUGGAUCCCAGAUCAUCAUUUUCAACAAAGACAAGAAAGGUGGCUUUCAGAGGAAUUGUGAACAUAUGCUGUUCAUCCGAGAAAUCUCUGACUCUGUUGAUAAACUACGGAUUUAUGGAUCACAUACUUUACUUCCUUCGUUAUGGGGAGGUCCCGGUCCAAGAAUUGGCGUUAAAGGCAGCAUUUUGGUUAAGUGAAACAUCAGAGGAAGGUAAGAAGGUAAUGGGGGAAGCGGGGUUUAUGCCAGUCCUCGUUAAAUUUCUCGAUUCAAACUCAUUGGAAAUCCGGGAAGUGGCAGCUGAAACAUUGUCUAGCAUGAUAAUAGUGCCAAGGAACCGGAAGAGAUUCGUGCAAAAUGAUCAAAAUGUUGGCCUGCUUCUGCAAAUGCUCGACCCAAUGGAGGUCAACACAGGUAACAAAAGGCUCCUGCUUUCUAUAUUGAUGUCAUUGACAAGGAGCAAUAGUGCAAGAAAGAAAAUAGCCAACUCAGGCUACUUAAAGAACAUUGAAAAGCUUGCAGAAGCCGAAGUUUCAGAUGCAAAAAAGAUAGUUAAAAAGUUGUCUUCUAAUAGAUUGCGCAGCAUCUUGGGUGGGUUCUGGCAGUCUUGAAUGUUAUCCUCCCUUCUUCUCAAAGAACUCUCCUUUCUGUAAAUUUAUACAUACGUUUCUUUUGAGUUGAUUGUUAGACAUUUGAUAUCCAAAAGGGUUGCAGAUUAUGUUUAACCGUACAUAGAAUCUAAUAAAACUCUUCUUCUCCAUCAGUUAAUCAUUUUACUGGUGAUCAA